AGUGAAUCGUGGUAACUGUGUAUAAGCAUCGAUGGAAGCAUCUAGAGAUGAUGCAAUUCUACUGAACAUGAUGAUCAAAAUUAGUAAUUACCGGUGGACCUCUCUCAAUGGGUAUAAAUAAGUACGUGCCCUUGUGCAGGAAAUACUCAACACAACUCACGGUUAGCCAUUCCACGACCCUAAUCCAUAAAUACCCUCAUAGCUUGAGCGCCAGCUUCACCAACAUCAAACAUCACCCUCCACUCAACACACAGCCAACUUCAGUCUACACAGUAUGACGGUCAAGAAGGUCUUCGGCGGCGCUUCUAUCGGGGACUGGGGAUUUUCAGAGAAGGAUGACGUCGACCAAUUGUUCGCCUUUCUCAAAAACGCUGGUGUCAAGGAGGUUGACACAGCCAUCAUCUACCCGAAGUCAGAAGAAAAGAUCGGGAGGAGUAUUACCGGUUAUGAAGACUUGUUGAUCUCCACCAAACUGCCUGGCGGUUUCCAACCGGGCACGUUGACAAAGGACAACAUCCUCAAAGCUGCCCAAAACUCUCUCGACAGUGCGCGCGUCAAGCAAUUCGAUGUAUUGUACAUCCAUGCUCCAGACCCGUCAGCCGAUCUCAAUGAAGCACUGGAUGCAAUCAACGAGCUCUACAAGAAGGGUAUCUUCGUUCGCUUCGGACUCUCCAACUUCACCGCGGAGCAGGUGCAGGAGGUAUACGACAUCGCAAAGAGCAAGGGGUACGUGCUUCCGACCGUAUACCAAGGCAACUACAAUCCGAUAGCAAGGAAACUGGAGACUUUGCUCUUUCCUACACUGCGGAAACUUGGUAUCGCCUUCUAUGCUUACUCCCCGUUGGCGGGAGGCUUCUUGGCCAAGACGAAGGAGCAGAUCGAGGCAGGCGAGGGUCGCUUCAAUGAGAACGCCCUCGGGGGCAUGUAUUUGAAGUUGUACAAACGGCCAGCUUACCUCGAGGCGCUAUCUGAAUGGAAUAACAUUGCGGAGGCAGAGGGGGUGAGCAAAGCUGAGCUGGCGUAUCGGUGGGUUGCAUAUCAUGGGGCGUUGAAAGAGGAGCUCGGAGACGCCGUCAUCUUCGCUGGUAGGAACUUCGAGCAAGUUGAGCAGACCGCCAAGUAUCUGGACAAUGGGCCACUGAGCAAGGAAUCUGCGCAGAGGAUCGAGGAAAUUUGGGCGAAGGUGGAGCCGGAGGCGGUAAUCGAUAACUACCAUGGGUGAUAGGCGCAGGUGUAUUAUACCGAAGUAGUCUUACAUGGAUGUCAGUCAAUAGCUUAAUCCUGAGAGGAUGACUUCAUUUAUGCCAGGCAGUUUCCCUAGAGUUUCAAGAGCGAGG